AUGCUGCUUUGGAUUCUGUUGCUGGAGACGUCUCUUUGUUUUGCCGCUGGAAACGUUACAGGGGACGUUUGCAAAGAGAAGAUCUGUUCCUGCAAUGAGAUAGAAGGGGACCUCCACGUAGACUGUGAAAAAAAGGGCUUCACAAGUCUGCAGCGUUUCACAGCCCCGACUUCCCAGUUUUACCAUCUAUUUCUGCAUGGCAAUUCCCUCACUCGACUUUUCCCUAAUGAGUUUGCUAACUUUUAUAAUGCGGUUAGUUUGCACAUGGAAAACAAUGGCUUGCAUGAAAUCGUUCCUGGGGCUUUUCUGGGGCUGCAGCUGGUGAAAAGGCUGCAUAUCAACAACAACAAGAUCAAGUCUUUUCGGAAGCAGACUUUUCUGGGGCUGGACGAUCUGGAAUACCUCCAGGCUGAUUUUAAUUUGCUGCGGGAUAUAGACCCGGGGGCCUUCCAAGACUUGAACAAGCUGGAGGUGCUCAUUUUAAACGACAAUCUCAUCAGCACCCUACCUGCCAACGUGUUCCAGUACGUGCCCAUCACCCACCUCGACCUCCGGGGAAACAGGCUGAAGACGCUGCCCUAUGAGGAGGUCUUGGAGCAAAUCCCUGGCAUUGCUGAGAUCCUGCUAGAGGAUAACCCGUGGGACUGCACCUGCGAUCUGCUCUCCCUGAAAGAAUGGCUCGAAAACAUUCCCAAAAAUGCCCUCAUCGGCCGAGUGGUCUGCGAAGCCCCCACCAGACUGCAGGGGAAAGACCUCAAUGAAACCACGGAACAGGACUUGUGUCCUUUGAAAAACAGAGUGGAUUCUAGUCUUCCGGCGCCUCCUGCCCAAGAAGAGACCUUCGCUCCUGGCCCCCUGCCAACUCCUUUCAAGACAAAUGGGCCAGAGGAUCAUGCCACCCCGGGCUCCGCUCCGAACGGAGGUACAAAGAUCCCAGGCAACUGGCAGAUCAAAAUCAGACCCACGGCAGCGAUAGCGACCGGCAGCGCCCGAAACAAACCCCCGGCCAAUGGCUUGCCCUGCCCCGGGGGCUGCAGCUGCGACCACGUCCCGGGGUCCGGGUUGAAGAUGAACUGCAACAACCGGAACGUGAGCAGCUUGGCUGAUUUGAAGCCCAAGUUGCCCAACGUGCAGGAGCUUUUCCUGCGAGAUAACAAGAUCCACAGCAUCCGCAAGUCGCACUUUGUGGAUUACAAGAACCUCAUUCUGUUGGACCUGGGCAACAAUAACAUCGCCACUGUAGAAAACAACACUUUCAAGAACCUUUUGGACCUCCGGUGGCUGUAUAUGGAUAGCAACUACCUGGACACCCUGUCCCGGGAGAAAUUUGCGGGGCUGCACAACCUCGAGUACUUGAACGUGGAGUACAACGCGAUCCAGCUCAUCCUCCCGGGCACCUUCCACGCCAUGCCCAAGCUGAGGAUCCUCAUCCUCAACAACAACUUGCUGAGGUCCCUCCCCGUGGACGUGUUCGCCGGGGUCUCGCUCUCCAAGCUCAGCCUGCACAACAAUUACUUCAUGUACCUCCCGGUGGCAGGGGUGCUGGACCAGCUAACUUCCAUCAUCCAGAUCGACCUGCACGGGAACCCGUGGGAGUGCUCCUGCACCCUCGUGCCUUUCAAGCAAUGGGCGGAGCGCCUGGGUUCCGAAGUGCUGAUGAGCGACCUCAAGUGCGAGACGCCGGUGAACUUCUUUCGGAAGGACGUCAUGCUGCUCUCCAACGACGAGGUCUGCCCGCAGCUGUACGCGAGGGUCUCGCCCACGCUCACUCCGCACAGUAGAAACAGCACCGGGCUGGCGGAGACCGGGACGCGCUCCAACUCCUACCUGGACACCAGCAGGGUGUCCAUCUCCGUGCUGGUCCCGGGGCUGCUGCUGGUGUUCGUCACCUCCGCCUUCACCGUGGUGGGCAUGCUCGUGUUUAUCCUGAGGAACCGCAAGCGGUCCAAGAGGAGAGACGCCAACUCCUCUGCGUCCGAAAUCAAUUCCCUGCAGACGGUCUGUGACUCUUCCUACUGGCACAACGGGCCUUACCACGCGGAUGGGGCGCACAGAGUGUACGACUGCGGCUCCCACUCGCUCUCAGACUAA